GCGGACUCCCAUCAAAACCAAGAUGGCGCCGAAGCGCACAGCCGGCUCGGUCUGGCUCGGUGAGUGACGGACACACGGAGGAGGCAGCCCGUCCAACUGUGAGACUGUGAGGCAAACCGAAAUAAAACAGCAAUCCCCAUUCAACCCUCAGCCAUGCAGCCGCACCGACAGCCCACCAAGUGAAGUUCACCGUGAGCCGAUUUAACGUCCAUAAGCGGAGGGGAGUUGGCGGGGAUGGGAAAUGAUGGAGGACAAAGGCCCCCGUGUAGCCGACUACUUUGUGGUUGCCGGUCUGACGGACACGUCCAAGCCCUUGGACCAGGAGAUCCACUUUGAUGAUGUUUGCCACAAGAUGGCCAAGCCAAAAGCCCCCAUCACUGAUGUGGCAUUGGUGAUCCGCUCGCUUGGAGAGGAGGUACCUCCUGGGUUCGUUUGCAUAGAGGCCACGCCGACCGGACACUCAGCCGAUCUUAACAACGGAGGCCUCAUGGCGCCUCAGAUCUUCCUGUGCUACAAGCGAGGCCGGGACAAACCGCCGCUCACUGAUCUCGGAGUCCUGUAUGAGUGGAAGGAGCGACUGAAACAGGGCUGCCAUCUCAUCCAGACCACGCCCGCGGGUCGACCCGCAAACAUCAGCAGUAACUCCUCCCAGCGAAUCUACAUAACCUACCGCAGAGCGCCCGACAGCCAGCCCCACGCUUCCCUGGCCGUCACUGAUAUCUGCAUCAUCAUCCCCAGCAAGGGGGAAACGCCACCACACACUUUCUGCAAGGUGGACAAGAACCUCAAUAGUAGCAUGUGGGGCUCCUCUGUUUACUUGUGUUACAAGAAGUCUGUGGCCAAAACUAACGUAAUCGCCUACAAAGCAGGCUUAUUCAGCAGAUACCCAGAGGAGGACUACGAGUCAUUCCCGCUGCCGGAGUCAGUCCCUCUCUUCUGCCUUCCCAUGGGGGCCACAAUUGAGUCCUGGCCAGCAAACACCAAGUAUUCCCUCCCUGUUUUUUCCACCUUUGUCCUCACUGGAGCCUCUGGAGAGAAGGUUUAUGGCGCCGCCAUCCAGUUUUAUGAGCCGUACCCACAGGAGUGCCUGACUGAUCAGCAGUUCUCCCAGUUGGGUCUCCAGGGUCCAGAACAAAGCAAAUUAUCUCCAUCCAACUCUGCAGCAGACAUCUCCAACACCACUGAAAACAGCACCGCUAAUGCCAGCUCUGUCUUCACCAACAAGUGUAUCUGCCUGCUCUCACACUGGCCCUUCUUUGAUGCUUUCCGCAAGUUUCUCACAUUCCUCUAUCGAUACUCCAUCUCUGGCCCUCAUGCGCUGCCCAUUGAGAAGCACAUCUCUCACUUUAUGCACAAAGUUCCCUUCCCUUCUUCCCAAAGGCCCCGCAUCUUGGUGCAGCUUUCUCCUCAUGACAGCCUGAUGUUGAGCCAGCCAGUGAGUUCUCCAUUACCGCUCAGUGGAGGAAGAUUUUCCACACUGCUUCAUAACCUCGGUCCAGAGAACGCCAUCACCUUACUUGUUUUCGCUGUGACUGAACAUAAAAUCCUGGUCCAUUCUUUACGGCCCGCAGUGCUGACCAGUGUCACAGAGGCUUUGGUGUCUAUGAUCUUUCCCUUCCACUGGCCUUGUCCUUACAUCCCGCUGUGCCCCCUGGCGUUGGCUGACGUGUUGAGCGCCCCGUGUCCAUUUAUUGUUGGAGUGGAUUCUCGCUACUUUGACCUUUAUGACCCUCCGCCUGACGUGAACUGUGUGGACCUGGACACAAACACCAUCUUCCAUAACAAUGACGAUAAGCGAGCUCUCACAUGGAAGAUCCUGCCAAAGAAAGCCUGUAAAAACCUAAUGAAUGUGCUGAGUAAUCUUCACCAGCAGCUGGUCGAUGGUCAUUACCGUUCUGAUGGGCUGCUGGAGCUGAGCAUGACUGAUUCACAAGAGCUGAGCGGUGGGAAGACUCUCCACAUGUUGGAGCUGGAGAUCCAGGAAGCCUUCCUGCGAUUCAUGGCAGCUAUUUUAAAGGGCUACCGCUCCUUUCUACGACCAAUCACACAGGCACCCUCGGAGAAAGCCACGGACGCCAGCUCGCUGUUCGACUUACAAGGUUUCCUGAAGAGCCGCGACCGCUCACACCAGAAGUUCUACUCCCUCAUGACUAAGACCCAGAUGUUCAUCCGCUUCAUUGAGGAAUGUUCUUUCGUCAGCGACAAGGACACCAGCCUGGCAUUCUUUGAUGACUGUGUGGACAAACUUUACAACUCAGAACGUGCAGAGAAAGGAGGGAAGGUGGACGGUGAUCGCCCAGAUGAGACCAGGCUGAUAGAGAUUGAUGAAUCCCAGCGCAGCGAGCAUACAGUUUUCAUCACACCUCCAGAGCUGCCGUCUCUGCCUGAUGGGGAGGAAUAUCCACUGUGUUACAGGUAUGAUGGUUUCCCAGUGUUAACUCUGGAACUGUUUGAUCCUGUGGAGGGUCUGCGGACACCCUCCUCCCGCCUUGCCGCCAGACACAGCUGUCCCACCAGUCCUGCCCCCAUGUUCAGACGCACCAAACAGGAGAUAAAAUCAGCUCAGAAGAUCGCCAAGAAAUACUCAUCCAUCCCUCAGCUGUGGUCCAAAUGCCUGCUCCGUCACUGUUAUGGUCUGUGGUUCAUCUGUCUGCCAGCAUACGUGAAGGUGUGUCACUCCAAGGUGCGGGCGCUUCGUACCGCCUACGACGUCCUCAGGAAGAUGCAGGCAAAAAAGCUGCAACCUCCCGAUGAGGUGUGCUACCGGGUCCUGAUGCAGCUCUGUGGACAGUAUGGCCAGCCUGUCCUGGCUGUCAGAGUCCUUUUUGAGAUGAAGAAAGCUGGUGUUCACCCCAACGCUAUCACCUAUGGCUACUACAACAAGGCGGUGUUGGAGAGCACAUGGCCUUCCAGUACCAGAGGAGGAUACUUCCUGUGGAUGAAGCUGAGAAAUGUCCUUUUGGGCGUUGCCCAGUUCAAAAGAGCUUUACGGCGACAUGGACCGCUAACCCAAAGCCCUCUGUCAGAUGGCAGUGACCUGGACGCUGUGAGUCACGGCAGUCUGGAUAGCUCUGCUGACCCUAACCUGGCCGAGCAGAGCCCCUUCACCUCUGACUCCACCAAAAUAGACCCAACUGAUGAUAGAUCUAGCACAGUUGGCCGUGGGGGCGACAGCGCGGGGUCCAGGCCCGUGGUGGCCCGCUCACACUGGGUGGGCUCUGAGCUCAGAGAAGCCACUCUCCACCCAGGAGAUCAGUCAGAUUUGGGUUACAACUCCCUGUCCAAGGACGAGGUUCGUAGAGGAGAGCCUGCUCCCCAGGACCCCACCCUGGACAAAGAUGACAAGAAGGAGAGCGACUGCAGCUCCUUGUCAGAGACUGAAAGUGCAAAGGGAAGCAAGGACUGCCUCCCUCAGCUGGACUUGGAGAUCAGUUCCUCCUUUAAACCUCGUGGAAUUGUUCGGAGCAGCUAUCCGUAUGGGGAUUCAGCGAGUAAACCCAAGAGCUCCUCCAGUUCAGGACACAUGGCAGGUCUCCUCUUCACCACCUCUCUGGAUGAAAUUGGAGAGGUCCAUGGCAACAAACUGCUUCGGAGACAUCGGAGCGCCCUGGAGGAUGUGGUGGGCCGCUCCAGCAGUGGUGGCACUUUGGACUGGCAGGUCGUUAGGGGCCGCAGGCUGAGCGGGGACACAGUGGGAAGCAGCAGCACCACUGUCCUUGGCCUUGGUAUGAGCCAGGCUGAGACAGACCCAGAUAAGAUUGCAGGACACCUGGGCGCAGAUGCCAAAAUUCUUUCCAGCUCUAAUUACAGCAAAAGCAGGAGGCCUUAUUUAAGAGGCUUUGGAGGGAUGGAGAGGCUGUCUGCUGAAGCAGUGAGCAGCUGUAAUCACAGGGAGGAGGAGGAGGAAAAAGCACUCGACUUCAGUGAUGAGGAAAAGAGUAACGCAGAAGUAAUUUUUGAUUUUGAAGAUUUGGAUUUAGAAAAGCCUGAAUCAGGGCACCAACAUCUUAAAACUCACAAAAAGCAUGUUGAACGCAGUGCCAGCUAUGGAGGCAUAGCCACCGUGUCGUCCAAAGGAGCAGUGAAACGAACAGGCAUUGAAACAGGCUAUGACCCCCUGUCCCUCCUGGCUGCAGAGUCUCAGACAGCUGAGCGAGAUAUGAACCAGUACUUAGAAGGAGACGAGGCCAGCACUCACAGGCACCUCGCCAGAGAGAUAGAACUCUACAUGAGCCACAUGGACACGCCGCUAAGCAGCCGCACAUCCAGCUCUGAGCUGCAGGAUCCAGUCAGCCCCCUGCUCCUCCACCCCUGCUCAGCCUUCCGCAGAUCCAGCCUGCCCCACACCACCUCCCUCAGGACCACCGGAGUACCGCGCUCCCGCACCUUCCACCAGACCUCUCCCUCCCGGCCCAUCGCCCGCCAGCGGCUGAUGUCGUCACCUUCCUGUCAGAGCUCCAGCACUAGCCCGAGCCUCAGCCCACGCCCCAGCCCCUUCAGGGAGCACCCCGAACGUGCAGGCCUGGCGUCACCCUCCUCAUCCUCCUUCGCUCUGGACACCCUGCUCACACCCACACUAGACGUUUUCAAGACCAGUAUGUUCUCUGCUGGGAAGGGCGUAGCAGAGAAAGCGAGCCGCUUGUACUCACGUUUGUCUACAUACACCACACCCACCAAGGACGCUUACAUCGAUCGUUUGAGUGUCUCCUCCCUCAGUGUUGGAGAUGCAGAUUGCUCAUCUGUGCAGGAUGAAGCAGAAUGUGAGGACAUGGAGGGCCUCGCUGUCUCCCCACAGAGAAACGGCCCCUCUGGUUCCCGCAGGAGCCCCAGGCGAAGCCCCGUCCACAGCAGAGUGAACAGUCCCACUGCAGGCCGCAGCCUGGGGAGACCAACGUCUCUUCCUCCUGGAUGUCCUCUCUCUCUGUCUGGAUUCCCUCUGCCGGACAAGUCAGACCUCGGAUCUUCACGUUACACCAGCAACACCAGCAUCUUCAACAACUACGCCAUGGAGCUGCUGAUCUCCAGUUGUUCUCGCUGUAAAACGUGUGACUGUUUGGUUUAUGACGAAGAAAUCAUGGCUGGCUGGACGGCCGACGACUCCAACCUCAACACGACCUGCCCCUUCUGUGGAAACCCCUUCCUGCCUUUUCUCAACGUGGAGAUCAGGGACAUGAGAGGACCUGGACGGCUCUUCCUGAAGGGCAGCCCAUCAGUGGAUGAUGCCAUGACAUCAUCAUACUCUGCUUCCACAGGUCUGGACACGGGGACGUCCACGCUGUCAACACCGUGUCCCACUACAGCUGUGUUCCCUCCAUCACCAACAGUAGCUGCAAAACCAUCACCUAGAAGGGCUCAACCCAACAGAGCUCAAGGUAUUAACAUCCCCACAGAUCGGUGCCAAGGGGCGCUGUCGUCCGGAGGGCCGAUGACCCGCAGCGUCAGCGCCUUCGGCCCCAUGGAGGAGGAGUUCCACCUCAGCCACCAAAUGCCGACGUCAGGCAGCCUGCCGAGCCAUCUGAACAAAGCCACGGACCCACUUAGCAUGGACUGGCAGCUCCACAACCCUGAGCCUGUGACCGUUCCCUAUCUGAGCCCAUUGGUGCUGUGGAAGGAGCUGGAGAGUCUGCUGGAGAACGAGGGCGACCCUGUGAUCGCCGAAGCAGACAUGGUGGACCAUCAUCCCAUCAUCUACUGGAACCUGGUGUGGUACUUCAGACGGCUGGACCUGCCCAGCAGCUUACCAGGCCUCAUCCUUACCUCUGAGCACUGCAACAGAGACUCCCAGGUACCUCGUCACUGGAUGUCAGAGGACAGUAAACACGUGCUGAUCCAGAUUCUGUGGGACAACCUGAAGCUGCAUCAGGACCCCAUCCAGCCUCUGUACAUCCUCUGGAACACAUACAGGUUUAAUUGUUCUCUGUAUUUAGAGAAUGUGGGGUACCCGCUGUCUCGGCCGGUCCCAGAGGAGGAGAAGCCGUUCACCGAUGAGCUGCUGCAAGGCGUGGUGAGGAGCAUCCAGAGGAACGACGUCAGCCGGCCCAUGGCACAGCUGUUGCAGCUCCAGGACAAGAUGCUUGGAGUCAAGCGGCAAAGGAGUUUGUACCGGGACAUCCUCUUCCUCUCCCUGGUGGCUCUGGGAAAAGAUAACAUUGAUAUUGAUGCCUUCGAUCGGGAGUACAAGCUGGCGUAUGACCGCCUGCUGCCCAACCUGGUGAAGCUGACCCACAACUGUGACCGUCCUCCAAGCGCGGGCGUGAUGGAGUGCCGCAGGACGUUUGGAGAGCCUUAUCUGUAAAUUGGUCAACUUUCAUCUCCCUCCUCAUGGCUUUGACUCAGGAACCCUGCAGGAAGACUGAAUGUGCACUACGGUAACACGCGGAGCCGACCCACUCCACUCUGUUCAAUGUAGCCUGAACAUUUUACAGCUUUCAGCUUGGCGACGAUUCAAAGUCACAGAGCUGAAGAACACCCCUCUUCAUCCAGCGACUCUU